GCGAGGAGUAUGAGUACUCAGAGUACUGCAGUAGUCAUAGUAACUAGUCUUUCCUCUCCUCCGGAACAGAGCGCGCGCUGCGUCGUGCGUAAUCCGUGUCCGCGCUGCUGUCGGCGGCGCCGCGCUCCGUCAUGGAGCCGCUGUCCGCCGGUGUGCCGCCCGGAGGAGCCUCCUCACAGCCUCCUCUGCUGUAAACCGGAUCGGUUCGGUCCCGGUUCCGGACAGAGACCCGCGGCUCGGUCACAGCGGUCCGACCCGCAGGGAGCGGCCGCUCGGCUGAUCUGGAUCCGAUCCGCAGGGCGGAGCAGCGGUGGAAAGGAGCGACGGUCCGCCGCCGUUUGGCUGGGCUCACACCGCGGACAGCUGCUGCUCCUCCGGCCGCCUCCUCCUCACAUGUACUACACAGAUAAUACACAGAGUGUACUGCUACUGUCAGGGAGGACAGUACUCAGUGAUACAGGCAGGACAGUAAGGUACCAGAGGUCAUCGAGUCCAGACUGAUACUGCAGUAAUACUACAGUACUUUUACUUUAAAGAGUUGUAAAGUCAGUGUUUUAUUCCAGCUGAGCAACAGUGAUACUACAGAACAGGAGGAGUGUCAGUGUGAGUACUACAGCAGUACUCUGUGUGUACUCUGUGUGUACUCUGUGUGUACUCUGUGUGUACUCUGUGUGUACUCUGUGGUCCUCCUCUGGACUCUGGCAGAUAAUCAGAUUACUGAGCUCAGAGGAUUUUGUGAGUGGAGAUGGGGAGCACUGCAGAGAGGAGGGAGGAGGAGGAGGAGAGGAGCUGCAGGAGGAAGAAGAGGAGGCCGCUCAGACUCCACAUGCCUGAGCUGAGUCUGUUUGCGAUGCCCUUCCUGGAGGGAGAUCCAGGCCGAGCGGAGAAGGACGGCAGCAGGAAGCAGGGGGAGCCUGCGUGCCACUCUGCCAGCCCCACCAGGAGCUUCUUCCACCGGGCUCCGUUCAGCCGCCCCUCCAGCCCCCGCUCCGCCCCGGCCAGGACCUCCACCCCCAGGGUGAGUCCCAGCUCCCCAAAGACCAUCUUCCCCUACCAGACUGGACCCCCCCAGCAGGACUCACCGCCCAAGUCUCCACGCAGGCUGAGCUUCAGUGGGAUCUUCAGGUCGGCCUCCAGGGAUUCAAACCACCAACCCUCGUCCUCGCCCGUCACCAUCAAACUGUUCACACGCAACAAGAGAGACAAGGCCAGAGGUACUGAGUGUGUGUGUGUGUGUUUUCCAGGUGUUUUCCAG